AUGUCUGUGUCGGGGAAGAAGGAUUUUGAUGUGAAGCAGAUCCUCAGGCUCCGCUGGCGCUGGUUCAGCCAUUCAUCCCAAGGUUCGGCCGGCGGUGGAGGGGGCGGCGGUGGCGGGGUGGGAGGCUACAUCCAGCAGGAUGGCCUGGAUCACAGAGGGACGGCCGUCCAGGGCCGGCUGAAGAGUCACUCGAGGGAAAGAGGUGCUGGGGGACUACGCAAAACGAACAGCCCGGUCCACAGCAUCUUGGCUCCGACGCCAGGGCCCACACCUGUGUACGUCAGAGCAGGUCAACAAUCAUGGCACCUUCAGCAGAACACAAUUCAGGGUCCACAGGUCAACCAGGAAUCUUCAAAGAGCCCCUCACCCAACACCCCAAGGAAAGAGGACGCCAUCACUGGUCAGGAAGAUGUAAAGAGCCGCACAGUGGAACCUGCAGAGAUGGAGGCCAGAGAGAGGUUGGCUCUGAGCACCUUCUCCAGAAUGAACAACAACUCGUCCGAUGAGUUUUUCCAGGCCACAAAUCAUGCAGAACAGACUUUCCGUAAGAUGGAGACCUACCUCCAGCACAAGCAGCUGUGUGAUGUCCUCUUGAUUGCAGGGGAUCACAAGAUACCCGCUCACAGACUAGUCCUGAGUGCCGUGUCGGACUACUUUGCAGCUAUGUUCACCAGCGAUGUGAGAGAGGCAAAGCAGGAGGAGAUCAAGAUGGAGGGAGUCGAUCCAGAGGCCCUUAUAUCCCUGGUUCAUUUUGCUUACACUGGCGUCCUUGAGCUCAAAGAGGAGACCAUUGAGAGUUUAUUGGCGGCAGCUUGCCUCCUCCAGCUUUCACAAGUCAUCCAGGUUUGCUGUAACUUCCUGAUGAAACAGCUGCAUCCCUCCAAUUGCCUGGGAAUACGCUCCUUUGCAGACGCCCAAGGCUGUGUGGACCUGCUCAAUGUGGCUCAUAACUACACCAUGGAACAUUUCCUGGAGGUCAUUCAGAACCAGGAGUUUCUGCUGCUCCCCACGGCUGAGAUUGUUAAGCUGCUCUCCAGCGAUGAAAUCAAUGUCCCCGAUGAGGAGACCAUCUUCCAGGCUUUGAUGAUGUGGGUGAGGUAUGACGUCGAGCACCGACAAAAGGACCUUGGGGUGCUACUUGUCUUCAUCCGCCUGCCUCUUCUUCCUCCGCAGCUCCUUGCUGAUCUGGAAAACAACAAGAUGUUCUCCGACGAUCUGGAGUGCCAAAAGUUGCUGAUGGAGGCCAUGAAGUACCAUCUUCUGCCUGAGAGACGUCCCAUGUUUCAGAGCCCAAGAACCAAACCAAGAAAGUCCACCGUGGGCGCACUUUAUGCUGUAGGAGGGAUGGAUGCCACCAAAGGCUCCACCACGAUAGAGAAGUACGACCUGCGGACCAAUACUUGGGACCAGGUCGGAGUCAUGAACGGACGCAGGCUGCAGUUUGGCGUCGCGGUUAUAGACAACAAGCUCUAUGUGGUCGGAGGGAGGGAUGGACUCAAGACAUCCAACAUGGUGGAGUGCUACAAUCCGAUCCACAAAGUGUGGUCUACUAUGCCCCCCAUGUCAACACACAGGCAUGGCCUCGGUAUUGCUGUGCUGGAGGGCCCGAUGUAUGCUGUGGGAGGCCACGACGGUUGGAGCUACCUCAACACAGUGGAGCGCUGGGACCCGCAGGCCAGACAGUGGAACUAUGUGGCCAGUAUGUCGACACCACGGAGCACCAUGGGGGUCACGGCGCUCAAUGGAAAGUUGUUCGCAGUAGGCGGUCGCGACGGCAGCUCUUGCCUGAGGUCAAUGGAGUGCUUCGAUCCGCACACCAACAAGUGGAGCAUGUGUACUCCCAUGGCCAAGAGGCGAGGCGGAGUCGGUGUGGCGACGUACAACAACUUCCUGUAUGCUGUAGGGGGCCACGACGCCCCGGCUUCCAACCACUGCUCCAGACUCUCCGAUUGUGUUGAAAGGUAUGAUCCUAAGACGGACACAUGGACCACUGUGUCCUCCCUCAGCGUUCCCCGGGACGCCGUGGGGGUUUGCCUGCUGGGGGACAGGCUUUAUGCUGUGGGCGGAUACGAUGGCCAGUCUUAUCUCAACACUGUCGAGUCCUACGAUGCGCAGAACAACGAGUGGACUGAGGAGGUCCCUCUCAACGUUGGCAGGGCAGGCGCCUGUGUGGUGGUGGUGAAAUUGCCUUGAGCGCUUUGUCUCACGACAGCAUGGGAAACAAAUGAAAGAUUGGCGAAGAAGAGUGGACAAACAAAACAACGGAUCAAGGACACAUCCUUCGAGAAUCAUGUUUUUUUUUUUUUACUCAGCGUUCCAUAUUUUUCAGAAGGAAACGGAGCGCCUUGCCCAUAAGCCAUUGUUUCUAUCAUUAGUGGACAUGCCCACCCACUGGGGAGGACUGGUCCAGAUAAUGGAACGCACUGCACAUUCUACACAUUCUUCACAUUCUCAACCGAUCAAGAAUUUUCAUAGACUUGGCUGAGCUGGAGCAAGUGCCAAGCCUUUGUUGUACUGCUUUGUUAUACUACGUUUUUUGAAACAUUCUGUGUAUGUCUGCAAUGGUAAAAGUUACAUUUUGAGCAAAUAGGGCUGCAGGUUGGUUUACAUCCAUACAGAGACUUUUCUUAUCAGUACCAUCACACACAGUACAGUAUAUUUUAAGGUUUAUAUUUAAUUUUCUAGCUACUUAAAUUAAAGUUCCUUUGAUACUGAAAUGUAACCCGGUUCCUGUGUCUUUCCUUCGUGGCUGGUCUAAAGAGAUUCUUACUCUUUCGGGAAGGAGACCACCGUGAACGCGAGUUAGAAGUAAAGGAAGGAUAUCCAACUUCUUAGUGAAUUAUAUGUUUGGACAUUUUAUGUUUUUAUUGAGCCUGUAGCCACACAACACCAAAGUAAUUUGCUUGUCUUAGAAGUCAUGUUACGCAUUAAAUAAAAGUUUACAAAAUUGUGAAUAACAAAAAAUAUAUCAUAUUGAUACUUCACAUUGCUGUAGAUUUUUGUAAACAAUCUGAAACUAUAUUUGUGUUGAUAGAAUCACACCUAGACCAGUGCACUCCGCAGCUAUUAUUAUUAGUUUGUCAUUAUUUCUGUGCAUGCUGACUGAGCGAAUGUUUUAUUCGAGUUAGACAAUAUCAUACAUCAUCAGCACUGUCUGUUCUGUAUUUUAAAGGAUGCCUUUUGGGUCAUGUAGAUGAUCGUAAAAUUCACAACAAAACCAUAAUAAUACAUAAGUAACGGCAAACUGUGGCAGAGUGAUAACAAGUGUAUCCAAACCACCAGUCUCAUGAGCAGCAUUUGGAAAACCUGAUUUCAACUGAACUACUACUAUGUUACUGUGACUUUAGCUUCGUAGUUUGUUGUUCUGCUCAUAAACGUUGAAACACUACUAACUUUGGGGCCAAAUGUUUUUAAUCAUAAUUUUGUACAGCAUGCAGACCUAUAAAUAAAAGGACUUGAGUGUUCGGUGCAUGUUCAAACCCACGUGUAGAGCUGAAUGUGGCCCCUUUUUUCUCUUGUUCUGCUCUGAGUAAACUAAACUGACUCUUUGACUAAACAGACUAGGAAGCUU